AUGGGCGCCGAGCUGUGGAAACGGCAGAUCAUUUAUAACUUCCACAUCUACCGGCAUUGUUUCGUCGUCUUUUCGUUGAGUCCGUGGUUGGCCGGAAAUCAGUAUGACUUGGCAUUUGCUGGAUUGACACUUUAUUGUUGCUCUUAUGCCAUGUGCAUUAUUCUGUUAACGUAUCAUUUUGUAUAUAGAUAUUUGCUGAUCUGCAGACCGCAGCAAAUGUACAUAUUCUCCGAGACUAAAAACUUUAUUUGGUGGUACGUGAAUUGGGCAUUUUGGGCCGUUGCUUGGGCGCUAAUUGUUCGGGCGACGAUGUAUCACUGGCCGGAAUUGGAGAAUUACGUCUACGACGACCUGAUGCUACAAUAUAACUUUGACUCGAGAGGAGAUGCAAUUCUAGGGCCGCUGUAUUUCCUCGACGACCCCAACGGCUCGAAAAUCAUCUCCUGGCGCGCGUUCCUUGGCUCUGGCUGCUGCAUGUCGAUCAUGGGCUUUUGUUUCACGACAAUCCUCUUCUGCGCUGUAAACGUCUACAAGAAGUUAAAAAGUUGUUCGGUGAUGAGCGAAAAGACGCGAAAAAUGCAGUGGGAUUUGUUCAAGGCGUUAUUGGUACAGUUUUCCCUGCCAGCCGUCUGUGAAUUUUUCCCUGGAGGCAUGAAUUUCUUGUGCCCCGUAUUUGCCUUGCCAAUCGGUCGUUGGGCAAAUUUUGCGGGGAUUAUUGCCUCGUUUAACAAUAUUAUCGAGCCGCUGUGUAUGCUGUAUUUUGUCAAGGACUAUCGAUUUGGGCUGUGGCAUUUGUUGGGGCUAAACCGCAAGGACUGUGAAGCCUACACAGCUUCAGCCGUGCACCCGAAUUUGCAUGAUUUUACAGAAAAAAUAAUGCCGAAUAAUUAUACGCUGACUGACGUGCAGUCGCAUACUACAGAAGAUUCAUUAUGGAUUAUAAUUAAGGGAAAAGUAUACGAUGUGACGUUAUUUUUGGACGAACAUCCGGGUGGACGGGAUGUUUUAAUGGAGCAAGCUGGACAGGACGCCACCGAGGCCUUCGAAGAUAUUGGGCAUUCCGGAGAUGCGAAAGAGAUGUUGAAUGACUAUUAUAUCGGCGACCUGGUGUUG